AUGUCAAGUUCUGGGGAAAAUAACGGAUCAGGACGACACCCGGUAUACAAAGGGAUAAGAAGAAGGAAAAGUAGCGGAAAAUGGGUGUCAGAAAUUCGGGAACCGCGGUCUCCUAAUCGGAUUUGGCUCGGUACAUUCCCGACCCCGGAAAUGGCUGCGGUCGCUUAUGACGUGGCAGCACUUGCACUCAAGGGUCGGGAUGCCGAGCUUAAUUUUCCAAACUCGGCCCCCUCGUUGCCUGUCCCGGCUACUAACUCACCCCGGGAUAUCCAGACUGCUGCAGCCUGUGCGGCCGCAGCACUCGGGGCAGCCGGGGAUGCGUUAGUAGGGGGGAGGAGUAGUAGUAAUAGUAAUAGCAGAGCGGUUUCAAGAGAAGUGGAGGAUAAUUAUUUGAUGCCUAAUAAUAAUGAGUAUAAUUUUAUGGAUGAAGAUUUGAUAUUUGAUAUGCCAAAUGUUAUUAUGAAUAUGGCUGAAGGGAUGCUACUUAGUCCACCACGUCUCAACCACCUUCCUCCAGAUGAUGAUUAUAUUGGUGGUGCUGACCAAAAUUUAUGGAAUUAUCCAUAG